AUAAAAUCAUAAUCAAUAACAAAUGAAAACAGAACCAAUCACCAAUCUCAUGUCUUUAAGCUGAACCAUAACCAUAGAAGAAAGUGAACCUUUGGUUAGUAGCUUCCAAUUCCAUCACAAGAUAAGAAUACCUUUGGUUCGAUGGCGGAUGUUGCAAUUUCGAUCGUGGCUACUGUGGUUGAACGUUUGGUGGGACCAGCAAUACGCGAAGGAAAAUGUGUUCUUUGUGUUAAUAAGUUCAUUGGCGAUCUUGAGAAUGAAAAGAAGGAGCUGGUAUUCGAAAGAGAUAACUUGUUGGUUCGUGUUGAACAAGCCAAACAUAGAACCGAAGAAAUUGAGAUACCAGUGGGAAAAUGGAUAGAUAAUGUGAAUAAUCUACUGGAAGAGGUGGACGAUUUGGAACAAAGGAUGAGAGAAAAUACUAGUUGCUUUCAAGGGCGGUGUCCAACUUGGAAAAGAUAUCGAUUAUGCAAGCAAACGGUAAAGAAGAUAGAGGCGAUACGAAAAUUCAAAGGCACAAGCAAUAUUAAGCCGUUUUCUCACCGCGCUCCUCUUCCUGGCAUAAAACUCCAAUCAUCAGAGGAUUUUACUUAUUUUGAAUCAACAAAAGUGGCUAGCAGUCAACUACUGGAGGCACUUCGAGACGAGGACAUCUACAUGAUAGGAGUGUAUGGAAUGGGCGGAACUGGGAAAACAGCUCUUGUUACUGAAGUUGGUAAGAAGGUUGAAGCAUCAAAUGUUUUUGACAAGACUAUAUUAAUUACAGUGUCUCAAACUCCCAAUAUUAGAGAUAUUCAAGGAAAAAUAGCUGAUGUUUUGAACAUGAAAUUGGAGGAAGAAAGUGAUGAGGGAAGAGCACAACGUUUGUGGUUGAGUUUGAAAGAAAAGAAGCGGAUUCUCGUAAUAGUAGAUGAUUUAUGGAGAGAGUUUGAUUUGAACGAUGUAGGGAUUCGCUUAGACAAUGAUAACAAGGGUGCAUGGAAGAUCCUUGCAACCACUCGUAAUCAACAUGUAUGUGAUCUGAUGCACUGUCAAAAGAAGAUUCAUCUAGGACUCUUAGAUGAAGAUGAGUCUUGGUCUUUGUUCCGAAAACAUGCACAUAUUGAUGAAAAUUUCCCCAAGUCAUUAGAUGGUGUGCCACAAAAAGUAUGCAUGGAAUGUAAAGGACUACCUAUAGCAAUUAAAGCGGUUGGAUCUUCUUUAAAAGGAAAAUCCAAUGCUGAAUGGAAGGUUGCAUUUCACAGAUUGAGAAAUUCAGAGACCAUUGAUGAUAAAGAGGAAGGAGUGGGAGUUGCUUUAAGUUGUCUUAAACUAAGCUAUGAUUAUUUAUCAAACAAAGAAAAACUUGUCUUCUUAAUGUGUUCUAUGUUUCCUGAAGAUUAUAAAAUCUCAGUAGAAGACAUGAUCCGAUAUGCGGUAGGGCUUGGACUAGGACAAGGAUUUUCGUUAGAGUCGGCAAGAGAUGAGAUCGAAGCAAUGAUAAACAGACUUUUGGAAUCAUGUUUGUUGAUGCAUACUGGGGAAAGCAAAGAGUACGUGAAGAUGCAUGACACAGUUCGUGACACAGCCUUAUGGAUUGCAAAGAGAUCAGACAAUAACAAAAUUGUGGUAAAUGUUGACAAACCAAUUAGCACUUUGGAAAUGGAUGAUAGUAUAAGAGAUUGUUUUGCUCUAUCCUCAUGGUAUUUGGAGCAAGAUAAAAAAUUUCAUCAAUUGCAUGCUCCAAACCUUGAAAUUCUAUUGCUACAUUCUAGGAGGUGGAGGUGGAAGUGCUUUGAUUUAUCGCGUGCAACCUUUCAAGGAAUAAAAGGGCUGAAGGUUUUUUCUCUAAUCAAUAAUGCCUACGGUAAUCCUCCAUUAUACUUGCCUUCUUCAACACAUUCAUUGACAAAUCUUCGAACUCUACGCUUGAAUGGAUUUAAGAACUUAGGUAACACUUCUUUCUUAGGAAGCUUAACGAGACUUGAGGUUCUUGACCUGCAACAUUGUAUCCUCGAAGAACUUCCUAAUGAAAUAGGAAAGCUCGAACGAUUGAAGCUUCUAGAUUUGUCAUUUUGUGUCUUUCUUCAAGAAAACUAUAAUGGAGCAAUAGGGAAAUGUUCACAGUUGGAAGAGUUAUAUGCUUCUAAAUGCAUGCCAAAAGAGUACAUUUGCCAGUGUGUUAUGGACAUUAUUACUCUCCCAAUGCUGCAAAGGUUUGUUAUAUGUACCGACCUUAAUAGAGAUUUUGCAAAAACCUCGAGACAUUUAGAAGUAAUGGAUUUUAAUAUCUCCAACUUGAAGGAUUCUAAAAAGAAUCUUCUUCAAAUGGCCGAAACAAUUCAUUUGAUACAUCUUCAUGGAGGAUGUAAAAAUAUUAUCCAAGACAUGAUUAAAGUUAUGAGAGGUACGAGUUGUUUUACAUCUCUCUGUCUUGAGGGUUGUCCAGAGAUAGAAUACAUCGUCAAUACAACCUCUGAUUCUGAGGUUGCGUUUUUGGUUCCUAAGUUGGUUGAAUUAGUACUGUUGGAAUUGGAAAACUUGGAAGAACUGUGUCGUGGUCCACCUCAGCAAGUUCUAAGCUUCUUUGAGAGAUUAGAAAAACUUGAAAUACAACAGUGCUUGAAGUUGCACAACAUAUUUCCACAGGAAUGUAACUUACAAAAUCUUAAAAUCCUCAAAAUAACAAACAGCAUGUUCGGUGAAGCUCUCUUCUCGAUUUCUGUUGCUCAAAGUCUACAACAACUAGAAGUGCUAGAAGUAUCACAGUGCGAUGAAUUGAAGCUUAUAAUCGCCAUUGGAAGCGAGCAUGGUUCUAAUUCAGGCAAUGAAAUAUUUCAGACUGAUCUAAAGGGUUCACAUUUUGUGAUGUCUAGAUUGAAGAAACUUCAAAUUUCUAAUUGUAGGAAGUUAGAGUCAAUAUUACCAAUAUGUUGUGUUGAAGGACUGGCACCACUGGAAGAGAUAGAAAUAAUUCAAGCUCCUCAGUUGAAACUUGUAUUUGGAGAAUGUGAUCACCAAAAUCAUCCGUCUCACCAAUACCGGAACAAGAACUUGCAUCCUCAUUUGAAACGUCUCAAACUUACAGAUCUUGAUAAUCUCAUUGGGAUAUGCCCUGAAAAAAAUUGUGAAAAUUGGCCGUCUUCCAUAGUGCUAAUUGUGGAGAAAUGUCCAAAGUUGAGUGCAUCAUGGAUCGCUACGUUAGCCGGCUCUGACGAUGGAGAAAAAGUUUUCAAGGUAGCGAAAAUGACCUUAAGAGGUUUUUCUGAAUUGAGCCGCAUAUCAAGAGUAGGUCCUUCUCCAAGACAUAUUUUGAGUCUCCAUUGUCUUCAAAGUUUAGCAGUGAGCAGUUGUAAAAACUUGAGAUCUUUAUUCUCAAUGGAGAUACAUAAAAGCUUACCAGAGUUGACAUCGUUUCGAGUAUACAACUGCGACGAAUUAGAACAAAUCAUUGAAGAAAAUGAAGAGCUUGUGUCCAACACUGAAGUGUGUUUUCCAAAGCUAACAGAUAUAAGGAUUGUAAAUUGCAAAAAAAUGAAAAGCCUUUUCUCUGUUGCUAUGAUUAGAAUGCUUCCAAAGCUAAGCACUCUUGAAAUAUCCGAGGUCACUCAACUAGAAGAAGUUUUUAAGGGAGAGAAUACCAUCAAUGAUAUUGAAAUUGAGCUUGUAAACUUGUCAUCAAUACAACUGCAUAAGCUGCCGUGUUUUGUUGAUAUCUGCAAAGGUUUUAAGCUACGGACUGCGAAAAUUAAACAUGUUGACAUAGUUGAAUGUCCUAAAAUUGCUCCAAGUUUGAGAGAAAUUCAGGUGCAGCUAGAAGAAUCAGGAGACAGAAGCAGGAAAUGACUGAAGGCUUGAUCAUUAUACUCCCAUUUGUGAGUUUAUCAUACACAGAGAUGAUACAUACACUCUCCUCAUGCUUUCACAAGUACAGGGUUUCAUUUCCAGUUUUCUUCACACAUUCCCUUCUCUUUGUUGAAUGAUUUUGUAUAACAUUUUGUUGAGUUAUUGCAUGGUGAUAUGCCAUGUUUAUGGAGGAGGUGUGUGGAUGGAGCAUUUAAUCAAUAUUGCUGGCGUGCACGAAGUUUAUCGUUAAAAUGUACCAUUUUAGUAAUAUGACUAUAUGUUGUAGUCUACCUCUAUUGUGUACUUCUGUUUAAUAACUGUGAUUUUCGACGUUUUCUUUCUUAAUUUGUAAUAAAUAGAAACUUCGGGUGAUAUUUGGAGAUCGGGAAUAAUAAUUCUUGCAAUGGCAACAUUAAAGUUACCUACAUACAGAAGUGAUAUGUAGGGGAAUCAAAUAACCCUAA